CUUAAACAAUUCUAUCUGAGCGCCGUCUGUAGACUACAUCCGUCGCGAAUAUGUAGAAUGAAAACAAAAGUGUCAAACCAUUUUCAAAUAUUUAUUUAUAUAUAUAUCCGUCAGAGAAAUCGAAAUAAUACAAUUUGGACAUAAAAUGGCUGAGAAUGAAUUUGUAUCCGAUAGUGACGAAUGUCUUGUUACAGAAGCUAUCAAUUUAGAUAUCGAGGAGUUAGAUAAUAUGGAAUAUGCUAUACCAAUCGUGGAAGAAUUACCCACCUUAGAAAGUAUACUGAUGGAACCUGAUUAUGAAUCGACAUCAGAAACAGAUGAUGAUAUUGGUAUACCAUUAGGAGAGAAACUUGGUAGCAGUGAGACAACGAGCAUUGGCAGUCAUUUAUCAUUAAAUUCAUUAAACAAAUCCAUUAAAACAUCUCAGAAAGCAUUCUCAAGUGUCAUAUUAAGACAUGUAAUACUCAAAGGAAUAACAUCACAAAUUGUAUCAGCCAGUGAGAAAGUCAAUGCUGGCUUAGCUAGUGCAGUUGCAGCUGGAGGAAAUAUGUUGGUAAUUGGUACUAGCCAUGGUCUAAUAUUGGGCUUUGACUCUUCACAAACAUUACGAUGGUGUGAUCAAGAAGCAAGACAUCAAGGUUCUGUUUCUGCUCUUUGUUUCAAUUAUGAUGGCAGCAGAGUGCUGGCUGGUUUUGUCAGAGGACAUAUUUUGAUGUUAGAUAGUAGUAAUGGAAAAGUUUUAAGAAUUCUCACCGAUGUACAUCCACUUGACACUGCUGUGUUGCAUGUUAAGUUUACAGAUUCACCAAAAAUAGCUUUAUGUAGCGAUAGUGGUGGCUCAGUAUUUGAAUUGAAUUUUACUAGAGUGAUGGGUGUACGAGGUUGUGAUAGUAGAUGUUUGUUUAGCGGCUCUAAAGGAGAAGUAUGCACUCUGGAGCCCUUGUUAUUGAAUCAUCUGCCGUCGCAUCCAUUGAAAAAUUACACAUUAGUAGCAAUGGCAACUUUAUCAAAGGUAAUUGUAGUUUGCAUAAGACCGCGAAUGCGCGUUGUAUUGAGUCAUUCGUUAACUGGUGCCCCAACAGCACCGCCACAAUUAUCUUGGCAACUAGUCGUCAUACAGACAGCUGAUGGGUCUCGUGUGAUCGACCCAGUAUUAGCACUUGCAAGAGACAAUGUGGUGCAUUUUUACCAAGUAUAUACUGAAAUUGGUUCGCGAGUAAAGUUAUCACCUCUUCGGAGAAUGACACUACCAUACAUGAUAAUCAAUUUGAGAUGGUUAAAUCCGAGAUCUCUCAUAGUAUUGGACAAUCAAGAAAAAUUGCAUUUGUUGGAUGUAAGAGCGCAGGAUAAUUUGGAGACAUUGGAUAUGAGUCGCGUUGGUAUAUCUUAUGCCUCUAGUCAUUUUAAAGGAUUGUCCACUGGUGGAAAUGUUUCCAAGGCGAUGGCAUUAGCUGGCGAACGGGCGUGUUAUAAUACCGUUAUAGUCUUUGGUACACAGUUACUGUUAUUAGGUACAAAAAGUUUACAUGUGAUUUGUAUAAGGACAUGGACAGAAAGAUUGCAAUACUUGGUUAUGCAGAAACGUUUCUCUGAAGCUUUAGCGUUGGGUCUCUCCUUUUAUCAAGACAAAGGGAAGGCGGUUAUUGGCCUUCGAGGUUCUAAACAACAUCGCAGGCAAAUAGCACGUGAUAAGGUUUGCGAAGUGUUGAUUCAGUAUAUGGACGAAUUAAAUCAGUGUAUGAACGAAAACGUGGACUAUGAUACGAUAGUACUCACUUGCGUCGAUUAUUGCGUCCAAUUGGAGAAUUUAGAUUUACUGUUUGGAAAGUUAUGGGAUAUAGUCUUUGAAUCGGAAGGGCUAAAAACGAGUUACUUGCAUGCUCUCGAGGCUCCUCUGCUAGAUGGAAGUCUUCGAUCUAAAUUGCCGCCAUUGAUCGUCCAACAACUAAUGACACUUUACGAUCAAGAAAAUAAAGUAGAUUCGCUGGAGGCAAUAAUAGUUUUACUCGAUGUGGAUUGUUUAGAUAUUCAUCAAGUAACGACAAUCUGUCGUCGGCGAGGACUCUGGGAAGCAUUAAUCUAUCUUCAGACAACAGCGCUGGGGGAUUUUACAGCGCCCAUUCAUCAAUUGGUACCGGUACUUCAAAAUUUAUUGCGCGAUCCGGUAGCAGCUCUUUCCCGAGAUUGCAUAAAACUCGGCAAUGCCAUUCUGGUUUAUACCAGUUGUUGCCUCGCUGGCCGUGGAUUUCCCAAGGAUGAGCUUCCCGAAGGUGUACCGCAGAGAGCGAAAGCGGAUAUAUUGAGAGCUCUGCUCUCCCAACAUUCCAGUCUGGCGAAUGAUACAGAGAGGCAAUAUCCAUACUUGAGAACAUUACUGCAAUUCGACGCAAAGGGCUUUCUCGAUGUUAUAGCCAUCGCCUUUCAGGAGCCAGAAUUCACUUCCGAAAUGGGCCUUCGACAUCGACAAAGACUCAUAGACAUCUUAUUAAACAUUGUUAUACCAACUACACCACUUACUCCAAAGAAUGUCGAUUAUAUCACGAUGGAGCAACAAUUUAUGGUUCUUAUAUUUGUGGCAAAUGAAGUAUCGGAAAGUACUGUUAUAUUAGAAUCUAGUACAUUGAAGAAAAUGAUAGAUAUAUUGUGCAUUGAUUCGCAUGUGGAAUUGUCGAAAGACUUUAAGAUUGAGAGAGAGAACGCUGUGUUAGGAUUAUUGCAUUCUAAGAAGCUGUGCAACAUUUCUGACAAUGUUUUACUAAAUUUAGCAAAUAGAGCGAAUUUUAUAAGAGUUGCAGAGUUAUUGUACAGUGCGCGAGAGGAUUGGAUAGCAGUAUGCAAAUGUAUGAUCUUAGAUUCGUCUAGGCAUCACGAUAUAUGGCCCUGGCUCGAGAGCUUGCCGCCCGCUUCAUUGGACCAAGUUGUAUCGAUUCACGUUUCGACCCUCGUGACGAUUAAUGCCAAUCAAUUCGCCACAAUCAUCACGAUGCGGAUGCAGAACAAAAUCAAUGUGAUAUUGCAAAGUCUUGACAACAAUUCAAGCUUAGAGUAUAAACUAUUAGGAGCGUUAUAUCAAAUUACGCAAUAUAAGGAAGAAGACGUUUCUCUAGAAUUAACGACUGAACACUUGGAAAGAUAUUUGGCGUUAAUGUGCGAAUUGGAACCGAAAUACGUGGUUGCUCAUUUGCGCGGACCGCAUGGCUGCAGAUUAGAUGAAGCGUUAAAGAUUGUUCAAAAAUGGAAUUGCAAAGACGCGGAGGCGGUAAUGUUGGAGAAAUUAGGCAAUUAUCAGGACGCGUUUAAUCUUCUACUGAAGGAACUUGAAAAUCAGCUGGAGAUGUAUCAACAGGAUAAAGUUUCGGAAAGUGAGACGGUGCACGCUGCCGCGCAGCUCGCAGGAAUAUGUAGAAGAUCAGCGGGCAAUCUGGACUGGAUGCCUCUCGUAGAAGUUGCGUUUCGAUCGCAUUCAGAGAAUAAUAAACAAAAGAUGGACAAAUUGAGCGGUAAAUUGUUGAGAUUAAUUUUAGAAUCUUUGAGCGGUACGUCGAUACUCUCGAACAUAUUGGAACAAAUCUUGAGAAAUCCAUUAGCUACGAGUGGAACAAUGGGCGAUAUACGGCAAUUGCUAUCCGGAGUCCUUAUUCAAUCGCGAUACGAACAAAUCCUGGUCGAAACUACCGCGCGAUUAGUGAGCUUGGAACUUCACAAAGCUUUGGAAAAAUCUUUGAGGGACGCCGGUAGAGCAUGUGGCACUAUUUCCGUAACUUGCCCGGUAUGCAGACAACUGUUGUCACAUUGUUCCGAUUACGCAGUGGUAUUCAGCUGUGGUCAUGGAUAUCAUUCAGCAUGCCUGGGCGAACCUAAAUCGUGUUACAAAUGCUUGAACAUAAAAGGAUGGGCGCCUGUCGUCACCAACCUCGCCAUCCCCGAAUCUCCGCCUCCGAGAAAGAAACAGCUUCUUCCGCCGGAAUUCCUACGUCAUAGAGACCUCACGCUAAGACUAGCACCGUCCUGUUCUAUCCCCGACCUCGAGGGCAUUUUUUAAUCUAGUCUUCGACUAUGUAUAUUGAGAGAACAACGAUCGCAUUUGUGAGCGGUAUGUAGUAUCAUAUAUGCGCUACACAUAUAUUAAAUCUGAUCAUAUGAUCUCUCUCUCUCUCUCAUUUAGUCUGCGAUAUAUUGUAUAGUAUCAAUAAGAUAUUAUUAAGAUUCAUUUCUUGAAAUUUUAUUUGUUUGACGCGCGCUAAGGUUUAUACACACGACACGGUUAUGCCAAAUAUACAAAUUAUAUUAUUGAAGUACAAAGUAUUUAUUACGAUCGCAUAUUAGAU